AUGCGGGUUCUUUCCUUGCUCUGGGCUGCAACUGCUUUCGCAGCUCAGGGAGCGUUUUCCCUACGUAUCCCAACUCGUGCUCAGCCGGUCGCUCGUCGUUCCUCGGCCCUUCACCCAAUCAGGUCUACUGGUGCCCUGUCCAGAGCAACCUCGAAUACCACGACCUCUAACGGCGUUGGAUUCACAUCGUUCUUAACGAAUUCGAACGAUAUCUUGUAUAUUGUCAAUAUCACGCUUGGCGGGUCACCGUUUCUUCUCCAGCUCGAUACCGGCUCGACCGACCUUGCCCUGAUUCCAGAUCGGCCCAUCCAAACCUCUCUCGUCAUUGAUGACAAUCCACCGAAUUCAUCAUAUGCAUCGGGUUACAUCGCGGGGCCUGUGGCCUUUGCCAAGCUUGAGUUCGGCCCAUACACGAUCGAUGCGCAAGCGUUCAUUAAUGGGACAUCGGAGACCUUCAUAGACCAGUUCUACUAUCCUAGAGGAGUUCGCGGCAUCAUGGGCGUCGAUUUCGACGUCAAUACGAUCUCGAGUGUUCGAGGCUCGUUGAACCAGGGCUACCCAGCCGAGGAAGUUGUGUCGAUGGGCGGUAGCGUUUUGAGCAAUAUCUUCGCACAGCAGCCCGAGCUCGGCAAUUUCACUACCAUCUAUCUUGGGCGCACGAGGGACGGUGAAGCGACUGGAGAGGGCAUCUUCACUGUCGGGGAGUAUGUCGAGGGCACCGAGGAUGACCUCCAGCACGUGGAAUCGAUGGACGUCUUCUCAUUUGCAGAGGGCGAGGGCUUAGUAUACUGGGCUCUUCCCAUGGACGGAUUAAUUGUCAACGGGCAGUCCAUCUCAGUGAACUCAUCCCUGCCAAACGCACCUUCCGGCAAGGCCAUUGCUGUCCUUGAUUCGGGAACCAGUCAGGCUUUUGUACCCGAUUAUAUCCGCGAUGCCAUGUAUAGCGCCUACGAGGGUGCAUACAGUGUGAAUGGGUCAUUGGUUUUGCCGUGUCUCAACGAUGCUGCCAAUGUGUCCUUCGUUUUCGGCGGCGAAGACUUCUAUAUCCAUCCAAUCGACCUUACCGAAGUGAUUGAUCUCCGAACGUCUGGAUACAAUCUGACAGUCUGCGUCCCGACCUUCAAUGGAAGCGCUCCACAAGGACUUGAUCUGCUGCUGGGAGACAGUUUCAUGCGCAACGUGUACACAGCCUUCGACUACGGCUCUGUUAGCCCGGCGGGCGAAGCGAAGAAGACACCGUCAGUGAAAAUGCGGUCCAUUUCGUCCAGCGUCGUCGACUUUGCCGACUACCAAUUCUACCGCCGCAAGAACCUUGCCUCUUUGCCGCCAGAGGCUACGAAGGAGCAACUCGAAAAGAUUACAUCGCAGAUACCACUUGCGACACUGGUGCUGAACAACAAUCUGGCGGUGUCCGAUACCGCGGAGUCACCGGGUGCCACGAAUGUGCACGCCGUUGCGAACUCCCCUCAUGUCGCAAGCGAGGCUCCCGUCGCCACCUCUCAUGUCGCAAACAACCUCGACAUCAGCUCUGCCUCUGUGUCGUCAUCGGGCGACAACUCAUACAGCGCACUCAUUGACAAGCUCAAUACGUAUGAGCAUGUCGUGGUUGGGCUCCUGGGUGCCAUCAUCGUUGCACUCGCCGGUCUUAUGGCGGUUGGCGUCGCUGCCUGCAUCCGUCGCGGCCGCUCGGUCGGGGCUCCGCGCAGCACGAACCCAGCUUAUGCGCCGGUUCCCGUACGAUUCAAGAAGCCAGAGGAAGGUCGUUCUGAGGAAGAGAUGCCUAGUCUUGGUUACAGAGAUUGA